AUGCGCAGGAGUCGUGCGCAAGGCCGUACAGUGAUCCUGCUUUUGGUCUUCCAGCUGGUGCCAGAUCCGCAGUACCUCAGGUGGCCCUGUGAGUUUAUUGAUUUGCAGCAUGAUCAUUUCGGAUUUCGACGGCAUCCACGGCCAAGAGUGGUCAACAACAUCGGGUUAGGAGUGGCAUUCCAUGAAGACUUCCUUGGUCGCACUAGAGAGAAAAACCAGCUUAAGAAGGACAUCAGUGACACGCAGGUUUCUGGAGUGUGCAUUCUGGGGAAGCGUGGCAUUGGCAAGACCCGACUUGCAGUCGAAGCUGUGCAGGAAGCCACAGCCGAUGUGAAGUGGCUCAUUACCGCUGACUCGCGCAUGGCCGUGAAGCAAGGGCUGAUAAAUUUCGCGGCGGAAAUGGAGCUGUCAGAUCCUUUGAUACAUGACGGAGACAAGCUGGCCUUGGAGUGGUUGGCGAACGCAAAGGUCUGGAUUCUCGUCUUGGACAAUGUCCAGUCCUUCGCCGACUUCACCGACCUCCUGCCAAGCAGCCAUCGGGGGACCAUCGUUGCCACGGCUGUCCAGCGAUGCGGGGCUCCUGCGGUCAAGAGCAUGUCUCUAGGGCCUUUGGAGAAGCGAGACGCAUCAGAGCUGUUACAGAAGCUCGCCCACCGGGAAGACGACUCUGGAGCACGUCAGCUGGCCUCAGCCCUGGCUGGAUUACCAGUGGCCCUGGUGCAGGCAGCAAGUAUUGUAUCUGCAAGCAACGUCGGUUUCGAGUCUUUCGCGCAACAGUUUCCAAGGCUCCAGAUCAGUACGGUGGCAAGAGCUCCCUUCAUGAUGGAGCUCAGGUAUCGCAUCAUUGGGAAGGUGCUUUGGCAGACGCAGAGAGAAUUUCUCGAGAAUGAAGGUCAUGCUGCCUCGAUCAGCUUAGUGCAGUUCAUGUCGACACUGAGCCCGAACGGCGUGUCCAAGCGGCUCCUUGCAGACCUAACAGGGUUUGAGAACGGCAAGUACCAGGAAGCCGUAACUCCACUGAACUCACUCUCUAUAGUGCGCAUGGACUCAAGGGGAUCUUCCUGCCGCCUUCACUGGCUAUCUCAGCAUGGCAUUCGGGCAGAGUUGGUGAAAAGCGGCAAUGCCAGCAUGCUGCAAACAGUUUUAGAGGGGCUCAUGCAGCCAGUUGGAAAGGAAUGGUGGUACCCGGCAUCAUUUUAUCGAGUUUCGAAGGUGGUGUUCGAGCAUGCCAAAUUCCUGCUGAACAGCUGGCACUUGGAGCGCUUGACUGCGAAAGCAGGACAUUCGGAUAAGCUGGCCAACCUAACCUGCCAAGCAAGGGUGGCAGUUGGUGGAUAUGCUUACUACAAUCUAGCUGAUGCAAGGUUGGGACGGCGGUGGAUGCAGAACGAGAUUGAGCGAUGGCCAAGAGAUAGCUUGCAGUACGGGGUGUGCUCCGCUUUGUUAGCUUUGGUGACAUCUGACUCUGACAGGAAAGCCAGCCGAAGGUUUGACGAGUUGGCAGUCGGUACCAUAACGCGCAUCAGAGAUGAUUCGGUGCAUGAUGACACCCUGGCUGUUUACGUGUAUGUUUUAGCGAAUAGCUUGAGAUUGGCUGCUGGAGACCAUGUGGAUGAAUCGCGACAGCAGCGACUGGUGGACGAACUGGAAGACCACAUCGGUCAGCUAGAGCCUGAGCCACGAGCACAUGUGCACUGCUCCUUGGGAAGAUGGUAUCAGUACCGAGAAGAGCUGGAUUUGGCGCGGGACCAUACGCGUGCAUGUCGCAGGAUCCUUCGUGCACAUCAUCUGGCGAAGGUGGUAGAUAGCUCCAUGGAGCUCAGCAUCGCCUACACAUCAGAGAGGCUGGCAGCCCUGUUUUUGGCUCUUGGUCAGUUCCAUGAGGCAAAGCGCAGUGCACACGAGGCCUCACUCUUAUUCGAGCAUGUUUUUGGCCCAAACCACCGCCGAAGAGCACGCUCGCUUGUCAGUUUGGGGCUUGCGGCCGCGGAAGUACAUGGCCCAGACAAGGGCUUGCCACACUGCCAGCGAGCAUUGAAAAUUCUGCGGGAUGUAGCGGAUGACACAACCGCUACAGCGAAAGCCCUGUUGUGCACGGGAAAGUUCUCCCGCCACCCUGACGCAUUGGCAGCGGAUCCCUGCGGAGAUCUAGGCAUUGCCCAAAAGCUUUUUGAGCAAAUAAACGGAGCAGAGCAUCUCGACACGGUGCAGUGCCGUAUCGAGCGUGCAAGGUGUAUGUUGGACCGAAUUGACCAAACCAAGCAUAAACAAGUGGAGCAGCUCUUACAGAAGGACUUCGAGCGAUUGGAACAUCGCAACGAAACCUUGCCAAAAUUCUUGAAAAGACAGCUGCUCGAUUUGCAUGCUGACAUCUUCGUGCACAGAGCCAACCAGGCCAUGUCCAGGGCCAAGCAGUACAGGCAGAGGGCUGAUGCACUUCGUCACAGCACAAAGUUUAGGUCCAUCUUGGGCAUCAUUAAUUAG